AUGGAGCCUGGAAAGGUGGUGAGCACAGGGGCCGCUGUGGGUCAGGCAGCUCUGUGCCCUUCAGGGGCUCAUGCUGUCUCUCCCAUCCCACCUGCCAAACUGAUCGUGGUGGUAGAAGUGGAGCCGGGCCAGGGAUCAGGCUCCACAGAGACCCAUGGCCCCACACUUCUUUUGGAUGGAUCCAAGAGCCUUUGCCUGAGUCAGCCGGGCACUCUGGAGCCCCAGGAACACCGCCUCACCUUUGACACGGUGCUGGGCCCUGGUGCGGCUCAGGAAGCAGAGCAGGAGAUGUUGACGCAAGUCCAACCUAUGCUGGCCUACGUGGCCCAAGGGUACAAUAUAGCCCUGCUACUCCAGGGCCGGGAAACAGAGGCACCCCGCUUUGUGCCUCAGGUCCUGCAGAUGCUGUUUGAGGAAGCUCUGCCUCUCCGCAGCUCUGGUUCUGUGCUUUGUACUCUCAGUUUGGUGCAGAUUAGCUCCAGUGGGCAGACUCGGGACCUGCUCUCCCCAUGUCUGGAGGACCUGCCAGUACUGGAUGUGGCCCCUCUGGGCUUGGUUGUCAAAGAUGCCAGUGAAGUAGAAGUGUCUGAUGCCCAAGCUGCCUCUGAGCUAUACCUAAAGGCUGCUGGGAGUGAAGGCAGAGACUGCCCCCUGCUGCGAGUGCUGGCUGGUGAAGCUGCUGCUGAGGAAGAGGUGGAGGGCUCUCUGCCCUGGAUUGUCUCCUGGCUCCUGGAGGGAAACAGCUACAGUAGCUUACUUCUUCGUCUGGACCCGCAAGGUAGCUCCUUGAGUUUGCUCCAGAAUGCUCUGUUGGGGGCCGCACGAAAGAGGGUGCAGUUGAAAGAGGUGAGGCCCACCCUGUGGAAUGCAGCAGAGGAGAUAAGGGCCCGAAGGGCCACUCUGAAGACACUGCGUUUAGGCCUCCUUGGAGACAACUUGACAGACAGUGGGUUGAACCAACUAGGAAGAGCUGUUUGGGAGCUACAGGUGGUAAAAGCCUGGGCCCCAAGAAGCCAAGUGUCCAAAGGGGCUAGAGCUGAGUCUAUGGGGCUCCCUGAACCACAGGUUGAAGGCAAGCCACUGAACUACUGUAAGCUGGGAAGACACUCUGCUCAAUCAUCAGAGGCAGAAAUAAGAGGAUUUCUAGGGUCUGGGCUCCACCAAAAGCAUCCUCUCAGGAGCUCCAAGGAACAGGUCCUUCAGGCCCCAGAUGUGGCCCUGCAGUUCUUUCUGGCCCAGGGCCGGAGGCAGAGACUUCGAGAGGAACACAGGAUUCGGCUCCAGAAAGAGCUGAAACGUUUGGAAUACCAGGAGAAAGUGGCCUGUAAAGAGAUCAAAGGGAUGGUGGCAGAAGAGGCUUGUGAGGAGAAAGAGACACAGCAGAAGGAGCAGAUGGUGCUAAAACUUCAGGUGGAAGCCCUGCAGGCAGAAAGGGACAUGGCAGAGCAAGAUCUGGUGGCCCUCUAUGACUUGUAUGUACAGGCGACCCGAGCUCGGACAUGCCACUUGCUGCAGGUAUUCCAAGCCUGGCAGGGGCUGUGGGAGGAGAAGGCUGUGGCUACAGAACAUCAUCACCGAAGUCUGCUGGCUGCUGUCCUCCAAGACACCAUUGAUCUGGCCUUAAAGAACCAGGAACUCCAGGCCCAGAAUCAGCAGCUUGAGCAGAGUGCAGGCAGGGCCAGCCAUGCUGAAGUCCUGCCCAGAGAGAAACCUGGUCAGGAACACUUUGGGGCUACUUUCCCUUGUCCUCCUCCAUGAGGGCCCCAGAAGGGAGAAGGUGGGGCAUACCAACCAAGAUGGCUCUCAUUACAGCUAAUUACUACCACCCCUAACCAUGUCGCCUUG